AUGGCCCGUCUUUCUGAAAUAUGCAUUAUCGGAGGGGGAGUGAGUGGCCUGGCAUCAGCGCUGGCGUUAGCCAAGUAUCUAUCGACCAGGGAGGAACACGCCAACAUUACUGUUUAUGAGCUUCGCGAUCUGCCAUCCAGCCUGGGUGGUGCUGUGAAUCUGACACCUAAUGCCCUACGAAAUCUUUAUAGGCUUGAAGUGUUGCCUCACAUUUACAAAAACGAAUAUGGCGCAGAGGUGGACCGGAUCGAGCUGUUCUCCAACUACUCCGGGCCUGAACAGCUUGCCUCGAUGGACUUCGUCGACGCCCAGGGCGAAUCGAUGAGCGGAUUGAAGGGCCUUAGGGUGUUGAGACUGCCGUUGCUGUUAGCCAUGAUUGACGCUAUCCAUGAUACAGCUCUUCCUGGUAUCACCUUGAAUAUCGUCUAUGACAAAAAGCUUGUUAAACUCGAAGAAAUUUCUCCAGACGCCCAGGGUGACGGAAAGGUACAGGUUUCAUUUGAGGAUGGAACUGUGGUUGAAGCAGAUCUAGUUUUGGGCUGCGAUGGGAUCCAUUCAAAGACGCGAAUGAACUAUGUCGAUCCCGAACGAGAACCUGUAUAUACCGGCAUCUCCGUGGCUCAGGGAUACGUUGCUCGCAAAGAUAUCACGUCCAACCUUCAUUUCAAAGAUACAGGUAUGAUUAUGGCACGAAGGGGCUCACUGUUGACUUCUUUCUACGAGUCAACUCGAAUGUCCAUCUACCUAGCCUCAGUUAUGGAGGCUAAGGAAGCUCUAUCACGAGAUGGAUGGAAGGCCAAAGGGGAGGACCAAGAGGCUAUCAAAGCUGAUAUCCUUGAUCGGUUCGGUGAUUCCGUCUUCCCAUGUGUAAAAGAGAUGAUCACCGCAUCAAAUAGUUGGUACUUGUUCCCGGUCUAUAAGCUACCACCCGGCGGAAAAUGGUGCACUGAGAGAGUCAUGUUGCUGGGAGACGCAGCCCAUGCCAUGCCUCCACAGGGAGAAAGUAUUGGUAUCGCCAUAGAAGACGCCAUUUUAUUUGCUAGAACACUAGCGAAAUAUCGAGCAUCCCCUCUAUCCGAGACCUUCAGGGUAUACGAAGAGCUGCGCCGUCACCGGAUAGAUGAGCAGUACCAAGAGGCAUCGAGGCGUUGGGAGACUGUUCGUGAUUGUGGCUAUAUCGUGAGCAAGCUCAAGGAGCUUUUCCUCCCAUGGUGGAUGUGGUGGACAAGCAAGGCCCGAGAAGAGACCUUCCUGUCUGACGCUGAAAGAGUUACAAUCCCUUGA